AGUCGAAGCAAGAACGGGAGCGCUUCUCAUUCACCCUACAGAUGAACCUCCUUCCAAACGGCGCAAGAUCAGAGAUCCAACCAAUUCAGCCAUUGCUGAACAACCCCAUAAUUAUGAUUUCGGCUGGGAUAUGGACAUGGGAGUGGACGUUGGAAGGGAAGCGGACCCAUUACAAGAUGUCCAGAUGGACAUUGAUUUUGGACAGCAGAUCCGGUUAUCAGAGGAGCCCGGACAAGGCCGUCAGGCCUCCAGACCACCAUCUAUUGUCGGCGGGCAGUUUUGGAUUGGUCAAUCGCCCGAGGAGCCUCUGACUCAGUCUCAGCGCAGCUCCCUGUUUCCCUGGGACAAUGCUGGCGUCUUUAUCUCCUCGAGUGGGGGCGGGGGAUCUGCAGGUGGAAGCGAUAGAAUCAGCGUUGACCGCGCUGAUAUUAGGAUGAGGGGAAGUUCCGUCAGUCGACGAGAGAGUUCUCUCAUUCCCAGUGCAAGUGCAACCGGUGUUGGGCUGUCGCCAGGUGUUGCCGAUCGGGUUUCACAUGUAGGGGAAGAUUAUCGGUUCGAAGUGGAUCCGGAGGAAGUUGCCAACAACUCGCAAAUAGAAUCACAGAAAUCAGACACGAAUCUUGUCACACUUGAACGCAACUCUUUCAAUUUUCUCGAAUACGCAAAGAUGCAGUUCCAAACCCUCCCGGACUUUUCGAACGAUCUGUCCUUCGAUGCAGUAGCGCCUCCCACUACAAGUACUCGACAUGUUGCUGCUGCUGCCUUUUAUCAUUGCUUGGGUACGCGUCGAAGCCUAUAGAAAGUACACAAUUAACAAGUUCUACGUAGUUUUGGCAACCAAGGACCUGCUUCAUCUCCGACAGCCACAGCCUUAUGGGCCUAUCUCUUUGCUCCUCAGUACCUAAUUAUUUAAUCUUUCUGAUCAGACCCAGGUUCCAGUUCCCCAUGUCAGUG